CAACAUACUAAAAGCCGGGACGAGACUUUAUUGCUGCCUGAUCCGUCUUGUACGUGCCGAUGCUCGAGGGCGCUAUUAGACGCAUGAAGACAUUUUUUACGGUCGCUCCACAGCUAUCGGGAAAUACUAAUCAACAAGCCAAGUUUUCCGGCAGAGUAUAAAUGCAUUGCAAGGUCAUGCUUCUAGAGCACCCGUCUCACAACCCUCUCGCUACUCCAUUUCCUUUCCCCUUCUCUUAAUGUAUAUAUUUCUCUUGGGUUUUCUUCUGUCGUUCCACUCUGCCAGGUCACUUGAAGUUUUUGGAUCCUCUGGCGAUCUUCACAUCGUUAACAAGGACAUCGCGCCAGACGGUGUCACAAGAUCGACCGUACUUGCAGGUGGAGUCUUUCCAGGUCCCUUGAUUUACGGGAACAAGGGAGACCAGUUUAGUAUCAAUGUAAUCGACGAUUUAACGAACACCACCAUGGGUGUCAGCACCAGCGUCCAUUGGCACGGUAUAUCCCAGCACCGAACAAACUACGAGGACGGCACCAGUUUCGUGACGCAAUGCCCCAUCUCAGCCGGACAUUCAUUCAAAUACGAAUUCAGAGUCCCUAAACAAGCUGGAACGUUUUGGUAUCACUCCCAUAUCGGAGUGCAGUACUGUGACGGCCUCAGGGGACCGCUGGUCGUGUAUGAUGGCCCAAAUGGCGUAAACGAUCCUCAUCGCGCUUUAUACGACGUGGAUGAUGCAACAACUAUAAUUACUCUGGCAGACUGGUACCACGACACCGCUACCCAGAUAGCCGAGACUUUGCUCCCUCCGUUGGCCAAUUCUACCUUGAUCAACGGAAUGGGUCGAUUCUUUGAGAACCCCACGUCCCCUCUCGCCUUGGUCACCGUAUGUCCUAACAAGCGCUACCGAUUCCGAGUCCUCGCCAUCUCUUGCGAUCCCAACUUUACUUUUUCAAUUGACGGACAUAACCUCACUAUCAUCGAAGCUGACGGUGUCAACACACAGCCGCUGACAGUGAACUCAAUUCAGAUACUGGCCGCCCAGCGGUAUUCCGUCAUCUUGGAAGCAAACCAGCUGGUGGAUAACUAUUGGAUCCGUGCCGCGCCCAACGACGCCGGUCCUCAAGGAUUCGAAAACGGUAUUAAUUCCGCGAUUCUGCGCUACGAAGGCGCUCCAGACACGGAACCCACGACCUCGAUACAGUCAAACGUUAUCCCGCUUCUCGAGACCGACCUGCAUCCACUGGAAUCUCCUAGAGCGCCGGGAAGACCUGUUCCCUAUGGCGCUGAUGUUGUACUGAAUUUCACCCUCGGGUUCGAUGGUGGGCUAUUCUCCAUAAACGGCGUGCAGUUUAUUCCUCCGACCGUUCCUGUACUGCUCCAAAUCCUUAGUGGUGUUCAGCGCGCCCAGGAUCUCCUUCCAAACGGAAGCGUAUUCGGUUUGCCGCUGGGAAAGGUGAUUGAGAUCAAUUUCUUUGGGGACCACGCAUUGGGGGAUCCCCAUCCCUUCCACCUUCAUGGGCAUACUUUUUAUGUAGUGAAAAGUGCUAACAGCGAUGUAUAUAACUUUGUUGACCCGGUUCGCAGAGACACAACCGGAGUUGUCCAAGGUGGGAAAACGACAAUCCGAUUCGUGACAGACAAUGCGGGACCUUGGUUCUUGCACUGCCAUAUUGAUUUUCACCUUAACGCUGGUCUCGCCGUCGUUCUUGCUGAGGGGAUUCCAGAUAUUAGAACUACAAUCGAUCCUGUAGCUGCUUGGGAUGAUUUGUGUCCCAUCUACAAUAGCGUUUUUGCAGAACAACAUUAGUACCAUACGAUCAGUCAGCUCAGUUGAUAUCUUAUCUCAAAUUAUUUCGCUGGUCAGAGUAUACUGUAGCCAGAUUCGACCUAGGCAGGAGAUUCUGUGGAUGAGUCAUGCAGGACAAAAAGAGAAAUAGCACGGACGAGCAUAAUUUAGCUUAUCAUUGGCAUCCAAAUACAUCAUCGCAAAUGAGAUCCAAC